AUGAAAUGUAAAAUUUAUACUCCUAAUAAACCUCAGCAUACAUAUUGUGAAUCAGGAGAUGUUAUAAUUGGUGGCAUAGCAACUCUAGCCAUUUUCUUGAACAAUGGUUUAAGUUUCACGGAAGAGCCACCACCAUCAUUGCUUGAAGAUCUUAUUUUAGUGCUGAAGAAUUACCAACACAUCCUGGCCUUGGUAUUUGCAGUGAAAGAGAUUAAUGAAAAUCCUUAUCUCUUACCAAAUGUCACCUUGGGUUUCCACAUUUAUGACAGUCACUUCAGUGCACAGAAGACUUACCAUGCCACAAUGUUACUGCUUUACAACUUGAAGGGUUUUGUUCCUAAUUACAUCUGUGUCAUCCAGAAUAAUCUGAAAGCAGUGAUUGGGGGACUAGACUCCAAAACCUCCAUUGACAUUGCAAAUCUCUUGGAUAUUUACAAGAUUCCACAGCUCAUCUAUGGCUCCGCUCCAGUCAUGAAUUACAAAACUCCAGGUCUUUCCUUCUUCCAAAUGAGCCCAACAGAAAGACUUCAGUGUGAUGGAAUUCUAUCUUUACUCCUCCAUUUCAACUGGACAUGGAUUGGCAUUACUGUGAUGGACAAUGAUAAUGGAGAACGAGUUCUAGAUAGGAUCAUUCCAUUAUUUUCUAAGCAUUGUAUUUGCUUUACAUUCAUAGAAAGAAUUGCUUAUCUACACUCAGUUAAUGGACUUAUUUCUGUAUUUAAACAAGGUGCAAAAUUACAUGAUAAAAUCGUGACAACUAAAAGCAAUGUUAUGAUUAUCUAUGGUGAGUCCAAUGCCUUGGUAUUCCUGAGAUGGUUACCAUAUCUUUCAAACAAAGAACAUGAUAGAGAUGCAGCAAAAGGAAAAGUAUGGAUAUUGAAUUCUCAAGCAGAACUUACAUCAACUGUGUAUCAAAAAGACUGGGAUACACAAAUAAUCCAUGGUGCUCUGUCUUUCACAAUUCACAGCAACAACCUCCCAGGAUUCAAACCUUUUCUUGAAAGCCGAAAUCCUCUUAGUCCAAAAGCAGAUGGCUUUAUCAUAGACUUCUGGCAACAGGCCUUCAAUUGUAUAUUUCAAACUUCACUACUUGACGAGGUGGUUGGAAAUUUCUGCAAUGGGGGAGAGAAUAUUGAAAAACUUCCUAAAAUUGUUUUUGAAACGAGCAUGAUUGGUCACAGUUACAGCAUCUAUAAUUCUGUCUAUGCAGUGGCCUAUGCUUUACAUGCCAUGUUGAUAUCUAGAUUCAGACAUAGAAAAACAAUAGAUGAAGGGCGUUUGCACCUUCUCAAUCAAGUUGGCUGGCAGGUGUAUCACUUCUUGAAAAGUCUUUCAUUUAAUAACAGUGCUGAAGAUACAAUUUCUCUUGAUUCCAAUGGAGAACUACUAACUAGUCUGGAUGUAGUGAACUGGAUUGUUUUUUCUAACCAAUCCUUUGUCAGAGUGAAAGUUGGGAAGGUAGAUUCUGGAGUUCCCACCGGUCAAAGUUUCACCAUUAAUGAUGAUAUCAUAACAUGGCACAGCUGGUUUAACCAGACCCAGCCUCUUUCAGCAUGCAGUGACAGUUGUCGUCCUGGUUCUAGCAAGAAGGUGAAGGAAGGGGAACCUUUUUGCUGUUAUGAUUGUGCCCCUUGCCCUGAGGGGAAGAUUUCAGACAAGGAAGAUAGUAAUGAAUGCCAUGCUUGUAAAGAUGGAAGCUAUCCAAGCAGAAAUCGGAAUACUUGCAAUCCUAAAAUUAUCAUAUUUUUGUCUUAUGGAGAACCUUUGGGGAUCAGUUUAGCUUUCUUUGCAUUUUUCUUUUCCUUCAUAUCAGUGAUGGUGCUUGUAAUCUUUAUGAAAAACCACAACACUCCCAUUAUUAUAGCCAAUAACCGAGACCUGACCUACAUUCUCCUCAUCUCCCUUCUGCUCUGCUUCCUUUCUACAUUCUUAUUUAUUGGUCGGCCCAAGAAAGUGAUAUGUCUUCUCCAACAAGCUGCUUUUGGCAUCUCCUUCUCCAUGGCUGUUUCUUCAGUGUUGGCAAAAACUGUCACAGUGGUUCUGGCUUUCUUGGCCACCAAACCAGGUUCCAGAAUGAGAAUGUUUGUGGGAAAGAAACUUGCCAACUCCAUGGUCAUUUCCUGCUCUCUUAUUGAAACAGUCAUUUGUGUGUUGUGGCUGGCAAUAUCUCCCCCAUUCCCAGAUUUAGACAUGCACUCGAUGGUUGAAGAAAGUAUUCUGCAAUGUAAUCAGGGAUCUGAGAUUAUGUUCUAUUCUGUCCUAAUUUAUAUGGGCUUCUUGGCCUUUAUUAGUUUCAUUGUUGCUUUCUUGGCUAGGAAGUUACCUGAUACUUUCAAUGAAGCCAAGUUCAUUACUUUCAGCAUGUUGGUCUUCUGCAGUGUUUGGAUAUCCUUUGUUCCAACUUAUCUGAGCACUAAAGGAAAGUACAUGGUGGCUGUGGAGAUCUUCUCCAUCUUAACCUCUAGUGCUGGUUUGCUGGGCUGCAUCUUUUUCCCCAAAUGUUACAUUAUUGUGUUCAAGCCCAACCUUAACAACAGGGAACAACUAAUGAAUAGAAAAAAGGAAUGA